GACGGAGAAGACCAAAAUUGACUUGGUAAAUUCUUAAUUUGCCCCUGCCUUUACAUGCACUUCAAUUUCAUUCUUCUUAUUUAGCCGCUGCUCCUCUUGCUCGUUUUUGAAGCAUUGUUCAGAGUCCUUUAGUGCGAAAUCUACUUAAGGAGGUAUUUUCCAGCAUCCAUGGAGAAGAUGAUCAUGGGCUUUAUCUUCCUUCCAAUGUUGUUGAUGCAAAGUUUCAUGGCUUCCAUAGCCGUUUCUCAACCAAACAUCACCACAGACCAAUAUGCCCUUCUUGAAUUCAAAGCUCACCUCACUUCUGAUCCUCUUAAUAUCUUGUCCUCCAAUUGGUCUUCUGCCACCUCAGUCUGUAACUGGGUAGGUGUUUCCUGCGAUACUUUUCAUCACAGAGUCACGACCUUGGAUCUUCCAAACAUGAACCUCACUGGCAGCCUUCCUUCCCAUCUUGGAAACCUAUCAUUUCUUUUAUCUCUCAACUUGAGUAAAAACAACUUUAAUGAACAUAUCCCUCCGGAAUUAGGGAAGCUACGUCGUUUGAGGUUCAUGGACUUGAGCCACAAUUUUCUUAAUGGAAGCAUCCCAAAUGAGAUUUGGUUGCUUUCAAAGAUGGAGAUUUUUAGAGUAGGUGACAACCAGCUUACAGGAACUAUAUCAAGAAAUAUUGGCAACUUAACUAAGCUAAAGCGAAUAUAUAUUGGAGAUACAAAAAUAAGAGGGGAAAUACCACAGGAGAUAGGUAAUCUUCAUAAUUUGGAGAAAUUUUCAGCUAGUAAUACAAGCCUCUUAGGUCUUAUUCCACCAAAUAUCUUCAAUAUCUCUUCCUUAAGAUGGAUUUAUCUCCACCAAAAUAACCUUUCUGGUACCCUUCCUAUUGACUUGUGCUACCCUUCGUCAAAUCUUGAGCUGCUUUAUUUGUCCAAGAAUCAAUUAAGUGGCUCAAUUCCCUCAAGUAUAGGCAAAUGCAAGAAGCUUCAGAAUUUGUCUCUAGUGGUUAAUAGUUUCACUGGAUACAUCCCAAGAAGCAUUGGGAACUUGACUGAACUUACUGAAAUACGUCUUGGCUUCAAUGAAUUGGAAGGUGAAAUACCAGAGGAGCUUGGCAACUUACCCUUGAGGAUUUUAAGGAUGGGAUUCAACUUCUUUACUGGUUCCAUUCCUCCCAUAAUCUUCAACAUCUCAACCUUGGAAAUCAUUUUCUUAGGAGUGAAUAACCUUUCAGGUCAUAUCCCUUCAACUCUUGGACUUGGGCUUCCAAAGCUUGAUAAGCUAUAUAUAUAUAGCAAUAAUCUUAGUGGCAUUUUCCCAAGUUCCAUCUCCAAUUCUUCCUUGCUUACCGUUCUAGAGAUAAGCAAAAACUCGUUCUUUGGUCCUUUCCCCAAUUCACUUGGCAAUUUAAGAUUUCUCCAACAGCUUCAAAUUUCGAAAAACAUGUUCAUUGAAUUCUCCACUCCUAAAAGAAGCUUUCUUUCUUCUUUGAUAAAUUGUAGGAAUCUGACAUAUCUAUCUAUAUCGUUUAAUUCAUUGAAUGGCGUCUUGCCAGGUUCAAUUGCAAAUCUAUCCACUUCUCUUCAACAUUUGUAUGCACACAAUUGCAAAAUCUAUGGAAACAUUCCCUUAGAAAUUGGCAACUUGAGCAACUUGAUGGUUUUGAGUCUUUCUAGUAAUGAUUUGACUGGACCAAUUCCAGGAACAAUUGGAAGAUUGCAACAGCUUCAAGGUCUAUAUCUUUAUAGUAAUAAAUUGCAAGGAACAAUUCCAAAUGAUCUGUGUCAUUUAGAUAGAUUAUAUGAAUUGGAAUCAAGUUACAAUCAACUCACUGGAUCCAUGCCAGAGUGCUUUGCCAAUUUAACUUCUUUAAGACAUCUGAACUUAGGUUACAACAACUUAAGUUCUACCAUACCUUCCAACUUCUGGAGUCUUAGAUAUAUCUUGGAAGUAAACUUAUCAUCAAAUUCAUUCAGCGGUCCUCUUCCAUUAGAUUUUGGAAACUUGAAGGUCUUGAUCAGCAUGGAUUUGUCUAGAAAUCAGCUAUCAAGCAAUUUACCUAGCACCAUUGGGGAUAUCAAAGAUCUGAAAUAUCUUUCCUUGGCAGAAAAUGCAUUAGAAGGUAAUAUUCCUCAAUCAUUUAACGGGUUGGUAAGCUUGGAAUUCUUGGAUCUCUCUAACAACAUUCUCUCUGGAGUGAUUCCUAAGUCUUUGGAAGGACUUUCCCAUCUCAAAUUCUUCAAUGUAUCUUUCAAUAGACUUGAAGGGGAAAUCCCAAGUGGAGGAUCAUUCAAAAAAUUCUCUGGUCAAUCAUUUAUUGGAAACAUUGCCCUCUGUGGUUUGCCAAGAUUUCAAGUUCCUCCAUGUAAGUCCUGUAAGAAAUCCAUCUAUGUGCUAAGAUUAGUGUUGCCACCUUUAGCAAUUACCAUAUUGAUACUUACCUUCAUCAUCAUCAUCAUCAUCAUCAUCUCCAAAGCACAACAUAAUUCAAAAGCACAAUCCACGGAUGAAGAAAUUUUGCCAAGUCUAGCAAAAUGGAAGAGAAUUUCAUACAAUGAACUUCAACAUGCAACUAACAAAUUCAAUGGAAGCAACUUACUUGGCACAGGGAGUUUUGGGUCAGUAUACAAUGGGAUACUUCCUGGUGGAAUGAACAUUGCAAUAAAGGUCUUUAAUCUGCAAGUAGAAGGUGUACUCAAGAGUUUUGACACAGAAUGUGAAGUAUUGUGUAGUUUUCACCAUCGAAAUUUGGUCAAAAUCAUUAGUUGUUGCUGCAAUGAAAAUUUUAAAGCCUUGGUGCUCGAGUUCAUGCCUAAUGGAACCUUGGAGAAGUGGUUAUAUUUUGAUAAAUAUUUUCUAAAUGUCCUACAAAGAUUGGAUGUAAUGAUUGAUGUGGCUUCUGCUCUAGAAUAUCUCCACCAUGGACAUUCAGUUCCAAUCAUUCAUUGUGAUUUGAAACCUAGCAAUGUGUUGCUUGAUGAAGAUAUGGUUGCACAUGUGGGGGAUUUUGGCCUUGCCAAGCUUUUGGGAGAAGGGGAAUCUGUGAUGCAGACAAUGCAAAUUGCCACAAUAGGCUACAUAGCACCAGAGUAUGGAUCAUUGGGAGUGGUUUCUACAAAAUGUGACGUUUACAGCUAUGGAAUCUUAGUCCUGGAGACAUUCACAAGACGAAAACCCACGGACAAAAUGUUUACUGGAGAAAUGAGCUUGAAGACGUGGGUGAAUGAAUCAUUAUCUCAGUCAGGAAUUGAAGUUGUGGAUGCCAGUUUGAUGGAGGAGGCGGAGCAUUUCAUUGCCAAAGCAAAUUGUGUUUCCUCUAUUCUGGAAGUAGCUUUGAAUUGCUGUGCAGAAGCACCCAAAGUACGGAGAAAUAUGAUGGAUGUUGUAGUGAUGCUUAAAAAGAUAAAAAAUCAGUAUCUUAAGGAUAUUGGAAUUGAGAAAAUCAUGUAAAUUAAAUAACUAGAAUUAAAGACUACUUUAGUGUUGAAAUUAAGGUUUUGGACAAAGAAUAAAGAUGGUUUCUCUACUUGUAUAAGUUUCAUAAUAUAAAUUACUAAUUUUA